AAUAUUGUUAUCGGAUGACUGUGCGAGAGCCUUGAGUCGUGACCCGUUACUUUACGCGAAAGACGCGGUCGUUCGAACCCGUUAUUGUUUUUAUGUUUUCGCAGUUCCGAUUCGCGCACGACCUAAUGCGUCAGACUAUACGUGUAUAUAUAUAUUAUAUUUAAUAGCAGCUUGUCCAGCCUGACGAAUCUCGGUUCACGUAAAAUAAUAUUAUUUACCGUAACCGCAGCGCGCAAGGCACGAACCAAGACGCCGUUAUCUUUAAGCCGCCCUUAUCACUCCCCCGAUACAACAACAACAAAUUACAACAACUUACUAUUCAACGUUACGACGCGAACCGAUAAUAUCGGAUAUUGAUAUCCCAGACCCCUGUAAGUUCCGUCCCAACACUAACGAGUAGACGGAUGAUAACAACGAUAACGUCGAUAACAACGAUAAUAACAAUAACAACGAUAACAACGAUAAUAACAACUAGGAACUACAGAAAAUAUACAGCCUCGCUCGGUAGUCGAUAAUAUCCGCGUCACCUUCGACUGCUACGUGUGCGAAGCGAAUAGCGAUGUUCACUCGGAUCAGCCUCGGUUGCGUUUGAAAAUGAACGCCCGCCGUUCCGUCGCCUCCGAGUCAACCCUUCGCUGCAGCCGUCGUCACGUUGUCGGACGAACUGUCCGUGGGAGAAAGCGUACUGUUGUACCCGCAUUCCGCGAUCCUUAAAUGCGUCGUUGUUUGCGACGUCCUUUUAUGCUGUUCAGUCCAAUGUUUCGAAGCACACAGGAUUUAUGAUCAAUUGUUAACAAUACAGUGAACAAAGACAAUUGGUAUCAAAUUUAUACAUUCAACUCAUUAUAAUAAUUUGAAGGUUUAAAUUUCUUUUUAAAAAUAAGUAUCAUUGAUCAUAUCAAUGAAGAAAUCUAUGGUCUUAACAGCUUAUAAGCCUAGAAUAUUAAGAAAUGGUAAGAUUGUGAUUUCAAAAAAAAAAAAUACAAUUCGAAAAAAGCCUGCUCCAAAGGAAAAGAUAAACAAUAAAUUAUCUUUUCUUAAAACAAGUUCAAAUGAUAUAAUUAAUUUAAAUGUUAAAAAUAAAAAUGAUAUGAUGGUUGCUUCUAAUUAUAACCAUAUUAUACUUGACAAUCGUAAUUUAUAUGUAAUGCUUACUAAAUUACCACCGUCAAUAAGCAAUAGAAAUCUGUUUGAUCAUAACAAUAAUAACAAUAAUAAAAAUUAUACAAAAUUAGAAGAUUAUAUUCAAUCAAAUGAACUACAAAUAUACAAUAAGCUUGAACCAAAGAUAGAAAAAUGUCAUAUGUUAACUACAAGAAAAGAAACCAAACAGACACGUAUAACAUCAGACUCUUUUAAUAAUAAAAGUGUUUUAAAAUCUACAACAAGUGAUCAUUCAGUAGCUAAUCAAACUCCUGAUGUACGAAUUACACGUGGAAAAUCAGUCAAGCUUCAAACAGAAGAAAGAAAACAAUUGGAUCAAAUAAUUUUUGAUAAAUUUCCUAACAAUACAUUCAAAAUGUUUGCUAUUAAAUUACACGAUAUUAACGAAGAAGUAAAAUUCCUCCGGACACUUGGAUUGAUAUGUCGUUUUAAAUGUCCCUUUACGUGUAAGAUUAAAAAAAAAACAUAAUAUGUUUUACUUUUGUAUUGUCACAAAGUUAAAUCAUUUUUAUAUUUAUCUUAGUUUUAAUUUACCUAGGUAAUUAAGUAUGCUGUUUAAUAGAAGAAGAUUUUUAAAUGUUUUUUGUUACAAAAAAUUAAUUAGAUUUAAUAUAGGCUCGGUCUGGAUCAAUGAACUUUUAAAUUUAAAAACUACUUUAUUAUUAUUUAACUUUAUAUAUUGCUUAUGUAUUAUAUAAUGUAUUGAUU